CUUGACGCAUCGUAAGGUUGCAGCGGAGAAACUCGCGCUGUGCUCAAAAUAGGCAACGAUGACGCUUCUCCCGAAAUGGUUGCUCCUUGCGUUUAGCGCUGGCAAAAUAUUCUGCGGAGGGUGCAUGCUUUAGAGUGGUGGGGUUGCCGGGCUCGCAAUUAGAUUCCGGUAAUAUGUAAAGAGAAACUUUUUAACUCGAAAAUAAAAAUGGCGAAACGUAUUUCUAUACCUACGAUGGAAGAAGUUUGUGGUGAUUAUCCCAAAAAAAUGAAUCCUCUUCUAUUUAAUGAGAUAAAAGAAGCUAAUAUUGCUACCGAGCAUGUUGAGAUUGUUAAUAAAAUAGAUGAAGUCAACUUUAAAAGGAGAACUGAAAACUAUAAUACUAAAGAUGCCAGCAUUUCUGAGAAGACGAUAAACAACCAACCUUCGUUUUUCCCCGGUACUUCCAACUCAAUUAUUGUUAAUACUCGACAAAAUGGGAAUCCAGUGUUGAAGUGCAUUCGUAAUAUUGCUUGGGAGUUUGGCGUAAUAGUGCCUGACUUUGUAUUUAAUUCUUCUUCCUGUGCUUUAUUUCUUAGUCUCAGAUAUCAUCUUCUCCAUAAAGAAUAUAUUUACCAGCGCGUGCGUGAAUUAGCUAAACAAUAUAAACUUCGAGUACUUCUGUGUUUGGUGGAUGUCAAACAACAUUCGCCUGCUUUAGAUGAUCUAUCAAAACUUGCAGCAUUGAGCGGCUUGACGCUCAUUUUAGCUUUCAGUUUUGAGGAGGCUGGUCGGUACUUAGAAACUUAUAAGUCUUACGAAAAUAAAUCUGCCGAAUUUUUAAUGGAACAAACCAAAGAUUCCCAGAUCGGAAGACUUGCGGACUUUUUAACGAACGUCAAAUCUAUUAAUAAAACUGAUAUUGUUACAUUACUUUCGGUGUUUGGGACUCUCAAAAAUAUUGUGAAUGCAAGUUCAGAAGAACUCGCACGAUGUCCAGGUUUUGGAGAUCAGAAAGUGCGUCGGCUGCUUGAGGCGUUUAACGAACCUUUCCGGCUUGCAAAAGAGGUGGAUUUUUUAAAAAUAAAUAAUUGUUAUAUGCUUUUCUUAUUGCUACUGUUAUUAAUAUAUAUUAAAGAACGAUUGAAAGGCGAAGUUUUAGCGUGCUUGCAAAAACUUAAGCAAGGAUUGAGCGAUGCUAAUAAAAGUAAAUCCUUAGACUACACCGAACAUGGCUUAGAAAUAUAUGCAAGGUGAUCCCCAAGAAAAUUGAUGAAAUAAAGCACUGAGGAUGCCGUUAAGCAGAAUUUACUAGCAGCGUUUGCCUUCUUUGAUAGUAAAAAGGCCAACCAUAAUAACAUCAAGGACAGCUGCUAACUCUUUAUUCUUGUUUAACCUUUCGAGAUCAAAGCUUGUUAACCAUAUGAGAACACUCAAU